CCCAAACUAAAAUCUUAAACGUUUCUCCGCCGAAUUGCUUGAGUUGUGGAAUCCUCAAACUACAAUUGGCUUUCGUUCUCGUCGGAUAAAAUGAACUAACAAUUUUCGUAUUAGUUAAAUGAACUGGUGGCAUACUUGCGUUGUUCCUCUUUUGCUGCACAUCAUUUAUAUACUACCAGAUACCCAAUCCAAUCUCCUUUCGACAAUCAACUAUACCUUGACUUUCCACCUUCCGUCACAAUGGCAGCACCACAGAUUGUGAACGAUGCUCAACCCGAGGAGCCCAUUACCUCUCCAGCUGAGCUGGAUGGUGUCGCAUAUCUCUAUGGACAUCCUUUGCUGAACUCCCUCUCCCCACCACUCCAUAAGACCGUCUACAGCACAUUGGGUUUGAACUGGGGUCAGAUCCCUCUAUCCAGCGUUUAUGGCACAUCUGCGACGUACCCUCCACCGUACACUCGGUCACCUCCCAUCGAUAAAUACUUGGCCGCCAUCAAAGCUAACCCCAAGUUCGUUGGCUCCUCUGUCACCAUGCCGCACAAGGUAGCCAUCAUGCCUCACCUGGACGACCUUACCGAGGACGCAAAACAAGCCGGAGCCUGCAACACCAUCUUCUUACGCGAGGAACAGGACGGCAGCCGCUCCUACGUCGGUACAAACACCGACUGCAUUGGCAUCCGGGAAGCCUUGCUGCAGAACUCCCCAUCCACAGAAAUGUUCCAGAACAAGCCUGCCUUGAUUGUCGGUGGAGGCGGCACGGCUCGCUCGGCGAUUUACGUACUACGCAAAUGGCUCGGUGCUAGCAAGAUCUACAUUGUGAACCGUGAUGCGUCGGAAGUUGAGACUAUUCUGAGCGAAGAUAGGGAACGGAAUUCUACUUCGGCACAAGCUCCCCUUAUUCAUGUCACUGAUCCCGCUGUGGCAGCCUCUCUUGAGGCACCCGUAGCCAUUGUCUCGGGUAUUCCCAACUACCCGCCGAAGACCCCUGAGGAAAUCAAUGCCCGAGAGGUGCUCCAGGCUUUCCUGGGCGAGACCUCUUCUUCGGAUUCGGUUAAGGGUGUCAUUCUGGAGAUGUGCUAUCACCCCGUUCCCUGGACGGAAAUUGCACAGCUCGCUUCGACCGCUGGCUGGAAGGUUAUCCUGGGUUCAGAGGCUUUGAUCUGGCAGGGCCUGGAACAGGCCCGCCUCUGGACUGGUCAGGAUGUGGUUGCUGUUCCUGGAGUGGUGGAUAAGGUCAAGGAUAUGGUGGCCAAGUCACUAGCUGAAAGGUCAUCUAAGUCCAAUCUUUGAUUGUCUUUAUAUAUAACAUUCUCUAUACAUGAUUCUUGUAUAUAGCAUACCCUAGAGCAUAGCAUAUGUGAUAAAUUUAGAUAUGUCGUCAUGAACAAAAACGAGUUCUUCCACAAAACCUGGCCGUCUAUAUAAUCACUAAAAAGCGCCAGGAGGUUUAUAAAGCCCGAGGAAAUAAUUAAGCGCCAGGCCGUGUAUAUUCAAGCUCUCGUACACGCUUCCAUACCU